AUGUCAUACUAUCCUCCCUACUCUGGCCCGCCGCAGUACGGCGCUUAUCCCCCGCCGCAAUACCCGCCGCCAAACUACGGCCCUCCGCCGCCUCAACAGUAUCCACCACCACAGCAUAACUACGGAGGCUACCCGGGCCAGGGCCAGCAGCAGUAUCAUCACUCUCCUCCUCCUCCCCCGAAUAAUCACUACGGCUACGGUCAAAACCAGCCACCCCAGUCCUACAACGGCCAAGAUGGAUAUAAUCGUCACCCGCCCCCUCCUCCCCCGGGGCCCAGCUAUGGACCACCACCGCCCCAUCCACCGCCAUCCCAUUCUCCUCAGCCUCACAACGGAGGGCCCUCGUACAACGGGCCAUCAUCAGGUGUUCCGACUGUGUACAACAACGCGUACACCCAAGGGAACCCCAAUGCCCCGCCUCCCCCGCCUAGUCAUCCCGUGGCGUUUGGGAACGGAGCGCCACAAGGAUACAGUUUCCAGUACUCGAACUGUACGGGCAAGAGAAAGGCUCUGCUGAUUGGAAUCAACUACUUUGGCCAAAAAGGGCAGCUGCGGGGUUGCAUCAACGAUGUUCGGAAUAUGUCGACGUAUUUGAACCAGAACUUUGGCUACGCUCGAGAGGACAUGGUCAUCCUCACCGACGACCAGCAGAACCCCAUGAGCCAGCCGACCAAGGCCAACAUCCUCCGCGCCAUGCAUUGGCUCGUGAAGGACGCUCAGCCCAACGAUUCUCUCUUCUUCCACUACUCAGGACAUGGUGGCCAGACUCCUGACUUGGACGGCGAUGAGGAGGAUGGAUACGACGAAGUCAUUUACCCGGUGGACUUCCGCGUCGCAGGGCACAUUACCGACGACGAAAUGCACCGCAUCAUGGUCAAACCGCUGCAGGCUGGCGUUCGGCUGACAGCCAUUUUUGACUCGUGCCACUCCGGCUCCGCUCUGGAUCUCCCAUACAUCUACUCGACGUCGGGUGUCCUCAAGGAACCCAACUUGGCCAAGGAGGCUGGUCAAGGUCUGCUGGGCGUUGUGUCCGCGUACGCACGUGGAGAUAUGGGCGGCAUGGUGUCCAGCGCGAUGGACUUCCUCAAGAAGGCGACGCAGGGUGACAAGGCAUACGAGAAGACCAAGCAGACCAAGACGAGCCCGGCGGAUGUGAUCAUGUGGUCCGGAAGCAAAGACGAGCAGACCAGCGCGGACGCGAACAUCAACGGCGAAGCCACGGGGGCGAUGUCGUGGGCGUUCAUCACGGCUCUGAAGAAGAAUCCUCAGCAGAGCUACGUGCAGCUGCUGAACAGCAUCCGGGACGAGCUAGCGACGAAAUACAGCCAGAAACCGCAGCUGAGUUGCAGCCACCCUCUUGGUAAGCGCCAUUGUAUUGUCGUGUAG